UUCCGCGCGCAAUUGAGAGUUUUUGGUUCCUCGGCUUCCUUCCUCUCCCUCUCAACACUUGCUUCAACUGUACUUUUGCAGUGCAGUGACCAGACCAAAAUUAGGGUUCGAACAGAGCUAAUGGCUUCUUCUUCACGUCCUGCGAGGCGUAAACGCAAGAACCAGAACAAACAUGAAGAAAAUGAAGAACCUAAUGACAAUGCAGAAGCACCAAUUGACAGCUCACAAAAUGAUUCAAAGAAGAAGAAGAAGAAGACGACGAUGACGAUGCCUCCAUUGGUGGUCUUCGCUCAUGGUGCUGGUGCCCCUUCCUCUUCUGAUUGGAUGAUUAGAUGGAAGGGCAAGUUGGCCAAAGGGUUGCAGGCUGUUGAAGUUGUGACAUUUGAUUACCCAUACAUCUCUGGUGGAAAACGAGGGGCUCCUCCUAAGGCAGAAAAAUUAGUUGACUUUCAUGUGGACGUUGUCAAAAAGGCUGUAGCGAAGUACCCUGAACAUCCACUAAUUUUGGUUGGAAAAUCCAUGGGUUCAAGGGUCAGCUGUAUGGUGGCUGUUGAGGAAGGCAUUGAUGCUUCAGCUGUCGUUUGCCUGGGGUACCCACUGAAGGGCAUGAAUGGAGCAGUGCGAGACGAGACAUUGCUGCAACUCACAGUCCCUACUAUGUUUGUACAAGGUAGCAAGGAUGGGUUUUGUCCAUUGGAAAAGCUGGAACCUGUUCGGAAAAAGAUGAAAUCUGUUAAUGGGUUGCAUGAGAUUGAAGGUGGUGACCACUCUUUCAAGAUUGCGAAGAAGCAUCUGCAAUCAAAGGGGUUCACCCAAGAAGAAGCUGAAGAUCAGGCAGUUCGUGCCAUUGCAAUGUUUGUUUCCAAGUCUAUAGGAGGAAGGUGACACUUCUACUGCUUAAGUGGUCUACUGUCUAACCCAGGAGUUUUUGGAUCUGUGCCUUGCUGCCUUUUGUGAUGCAUGUAGUAUGUCUUGUAAGUAUUGCUUGGUUGUGUUACUGUGAACUGGAGUCUGGAUACUUUUAAAUCACGUUGCUUAAUGGACAUGUAGGACUAAAACUAUGUUGUUUUUGACGUAUUCGUGUUGUAUAAUAUCAAGUGCUUGCAUAUGUUAUUUAUCAA